AUGAGUGAGGAAGUCAGCAAGACCUAUAUCUCCUACAACAACGUCCACCAGUUGUGCCAAGAGUCAGCCGACAAAAUCAAGGCUUUCAAGCCCGACUUGAUCAUAGCCAUCGGUGGUGGAGGUUUCAUUCCUGCCAGAAUGUUGAGAUCGUUCCUCAAGGAGCCAGGCCAUCCUAACGUGAGAAUCAUGGCCAUCAUCUUGUCUCUCUACGAGGAUAUUGGCGAAGACGGAAUCGAAGAACUCGGCACCCAGGUCGUCCGUACCCAGUGGAUUGACUACCAACAGUCAAAGAUCGACUUGGUGGGCAAGAACGUGUUGAUCAUCGACGAGGUGGAUGACACCAGAACCACCUUGCACUACGCCGUUUCCGAGUUGAAGAAGGACGUCGAGGAACAGGCCAGAGCCAAGAACGCGGACCCUAACGACACCAAGUUUGGUGUUUUCGUGUUGCACGACAAGGCCAAGCCCAAGAGAGCCGACUUGCCAGACGAGAUCAUGAAGACUGGUAACUACUUUGCUGCCAGAACCGUUCCAGACGUGUGGAUCGCCUACCCAUGGGAAUCGGUUGACAUUGUCUACCACACCAAAAUGGCUAUUGAGCAAGGCAACGAUGUCUUCUUGCCAUCUACUACUGAAUAG